AUGCUUCCAACCCAGAAUAGAAGAUUUCCCGUCGUCUCAGACUUGGGGGGUCGACCAGGGAAGUCCCAACGUCAUCGUUUCCGUUGUUCAUUUUCUUCAACUUGUGUCGUUCAAAUAUUCCUCAUUAGCCUCGUUGUCUUCUGGCUCGUUCUGAAUAUUUCAUACUUGAGAAAAUCUAUAGAUAACAUAGAAGAGCCAACUUCUCUACGCAGGGCAGAAGAGGCUGAUCCAAGUGGUUUUGAAGCUAGCAACUUGGCUGCAGAGAAGUUACAACGAGCACGAGUUGAAGAACUGAAGAUAAGGCUUCAUGGAAAGAUUGGCCUGAGGGAGGAUGGGUCUCCUGGAUGGCAGCCAAACCCCGUGUACUCACCGGGAGCGCCCAUGGAUGUUCUACUGAAAAAAGGAGGAGGAUUCAAUCUCAAAUUCUCUGACGCAUUACCCUUGGAUCGCGAUGUAGCGGACAGUAGACAUCCAGAAUGCAGAGGUAUACACUACCACAUUGAGAGGUUGCCAUCGCUCUCCGUGAUUAUUGUUUUCUACAAUGAACCACUUUCGACAUUGUUUCGUUCCGUUCAUUCUGUAUUAAAUGGACGCCCCCCUCAAUUGCUUAAAGAAAUCAUUCUUGUGGACGAUGGAAGCGAUUUGAGCUGGAUUCGCCCUGGCGGUCAAAUCGACGACUACAUCCGCCUUCUCCCUAAAACGCGUCUGGUGCGAAGCCCAACACGGAAGGGGAUUGUUUCCGCUCGCAUGUUGGGAAUUCGUGCGUCUUCUGCUCCAAUCUUUGUCAUUCUGGAUUCACACAUCGAAGUCAAUGAAGGGUGGGCAGAGCCUCUCUCCCAACGCAUUCAUGAAGAUAGAACGCGAAUUCUAAUGCCACAAAUUGACGCAACAAACCCAGAGACCUUCGAACCACAUCCUGGCGGCAUUGGCUGCACUCUCGGCUUUUUGUGGAAGCUGAUUGAACACGGAUUUUAUCCUGAUUAUCGAAGUCCCAAAGCGCGUCGCAACGCUUCCCCAACUGACUUCGUUUCAUCUCCUACGAUGGCUGGAGGAUUGUUUGCUGCCAAUCGAGAUUUUUUUUUGAACGACUUAGGCGGUUACGAUGAACAGUUCUCGUUCUGGGGAACCGAAAAUCUUGAGUUGUCUUUUCGAACGUGGAUGUGCGGAGGAACCCUUGAGUGUGCACCUUGCUCUCGUGUUUAUCAUAUUUUUAGAAAAGGAGGUGUUGGAUACUCGAGUCCGCCCGACGCAGUCACCAAAAACAAAAUGCGUCUGUUGACAAUAUGGAUGGACGAAUUUGGUGAUUUGGCGUGGCGUGUUAUUGGACAGCCUCGUGUUGAUUUUGGUGAUUAUGAAACUUUAAGAAAGUGGAGAAGAACGAAGCAAUGUAGAUCGUUCAGUUGGUUUUUGAAAGUGGUCAAUCCGGAGUCCGAUGUUCAGGAGCUUCCUGCGGAUGUUCCUUAUCUAGGACCUCUUAAAAAUGUUGGAACCGGUCAAUGUUUAGAUACACUUUGGAAUGAUACUCCUGGAAAGCCUGUAGGACUCCGAGCGUGUAAUGGUGGAAGUUAUCAAGAGUGGAUGUAUUUUGCAAGACCUCGCCAUAUUUUACCUGUUAACAAUGAUGAAUCCUGCUUGAGUGGUGGAGGGACUCCAAAAGCAAAUCAAACCGAUUGGUGUGAGAGAGAACAGGCAAGUUAUGAUUAUAAUUCAACCACAAAACUUCUGAAGUUGGGAUCUGAGGCGAAGUGUUUGGGGGCAGAGGCUGAACAGCUUCACUUUGUUGUAUGCAAUCCAAAUGACACCAAGCAGCAAUGGGAAUGGAAACCUUACAAUCCUUCUGUCUUCACCCCGCCACCCCCACCGGGAUUGAGAGGAGGUGGAUGA